GGUGCACAUGGCUGAUUGAAGGUUUUACACGCAGAGAAGAACUAAGUUCAGCACUGGCUCGAGAGGUUGCUGAGACCAGCACCUUGCACCACCUCCUCGGAGCAUGGACAGAAGAGGCCAAGCAAAGAGAACCAGGGAUGAAAAAGUGUUGAACUGCUUAUACCCGAGGCCCGGUGCCAUUUUCAGGCUGAUCUGCUUUCCCUGGGCGGGUGGCGGCUCUCUUUAUUUUGCCAAAUGGGGCCAAAAGGUUUAUGAUUCGCUGGAAGUGUACUCUGUACGGCUUGCUGGAAGAGAAAAUCGGUCUGAAGAGCCUUUCGCGAAUGACAUCUAUGAGAUAGCUGAUGAAAUCGCUUGUGCUUUGCUGCCCCUUGUCCAGGAUAAACCAUUUGCAUUUUUUGGCCAUAGCAUGGGAUGCUAUGUUGCUUUUCUGACUGCCCUGCACCUGAAAGAAAAACAUAAGCUGGAACCAAUCCACAUUUUUCUGUCAAGUGCAAGUCCUCCCUAUUCAAAGGCCCAGAUUCCGAUUCCCAAAUCGGAUGGCAAGUCGGAAGAACAAAUUAAACGUUUCGUUAUGGAUUUUGGAGGCACCCCAAAGCGUCUCAUAGAAAACCAAGAAUUUUUGGAACAAUCUCUUCCCAUGAUAUUGGCAGACUGGAACAUUGUAAAUAAAUUUAGCUUUGACACUCCUUCUAAGGCGGCCCUUUCUUGCGACUUCACGUGCUUUACUGGAUCUGAAGACAUCUCAGGGGAUAUGGAAGCCUGGAAAAUGGUAACCAGUGGAACUUUUGACCUCCAUGUACUGCCAGGAAAUCACUUUCAUCUUAUGGAACCUGCCAAUGACAACUUCAUCAGGAACUACGUAACCAAGUGUCUAGAAUUGUCUUCGCUCGCCAACUUUUAGCUAGUGUUCUUUUUGGCCUUAAAAUAGUCAAAAGUGUUGGGCCAGGCAUGGUGAUGCGUGCCUGUAAUACCAGCACUUGGGAGUCUAAGGCAGCAUGAUUGCAAGUUCAAGGGCAGCCUGGGCUACAUAGCAAGACUGUCUGAAAAAUCAAAAGCGGGGGUGUGCUGCGGAUAUAGCUCAGCGAUACAAGCACCUGCCUGGCAAGCACAAGGUCCUGAGUUCAAUUCCCAGUACCAAACAAACAAACAACCAAACAACAAAAAAAAGGUAGGGGGCGAGCAUAUACUGUCCUCAUCGUUAUUCAGACCCAGCUCCUUAGUUUUAUUCAGUUUGGAAAUUAUACAUCUCCUAAGAGUGAUUUGUUCACAUAUUAAUGGAUCAUUCCAUGGAAAAUUUAUGUAUCUAGGGAUAAAAGACAAACAGGUAAAGAAUUCUUCUGGCAGUCUUUUAUCUUUGCACUUGACAUUCGGUUGAUUCUCAUCUGUAGGGAGGUUGGCAACAAUUUGCUUAGCAAAGUACCUGUUUUAUGCUUUGAUAAUCAUUAUCGUUACUAUUUUGCAGUGCUAGAGAUUGAACCCAAGGCCUCAUGCACGCCAGGCAGACGUCCCACCACUGUACCGUCCCCAGGCAAGCACUCCAUGCACAUCCCCAGCCCCUGCAGCUAUUUUCAUGGUGCAAGUGAUUGACGGGAAAGGUAUGCAAUUAAAAUCACUGUUUUAGCAACUCGCUAGACCCGAGGCUUGAUCUUGUUUUUGACAUGUACUGGAGUACUUACUACUUAAUAGAGUAUGAUCUACUGCUUUAUUAAACAAUUCCUGUCUGCA